AUGGUGAAAGCUUUACGAAGGCCUUUCCAGGUGUUGCUGCUGGAGGCGGGCUCCGAGCUCCCGCACUGGACCGAGGUGCCCGGCCUGACGGGCCUCUCGGUGGCCCCGCCGCACAUCUGGGAGCACCGCACGCAGCCCCAGACCAGCGCCUGCCGUGGGGAGAAGCACGACCGCUGCCACAUCGCCACGGGACGCGCCCUGGGAGGCACCAGCGCCAUCAACAACAUGAUCUACAUGCGCGGACACAGGGAUGAUUACGAGAACUGGGCGGCAAUGGGAAACAAAGGAUGGUCGUAUGAAGAAGUGCUGCCCUUCUUCAAGAAAUCGGAGGAUCUGCGCUCGGAAGCCAUCUGGCGGCUUCCAGAUGCAGCAAAGUAUCACAACCGCGGCGGGCCGCUCACAGUCAGCUCACUGGAGUACCGUUUUCCAGCACUGCAGGCAUUGCAGCAAGGAGUCAUUCUCUCCAACAUGAGUGUUGUAACUGACUUUACCGACAACACAAUGGUAGGUUAUGGAUAUUGCCAUGGAACAGUAAGAGCAGGAAGACGCUGCAGCACAGCAAAAGCAUUUCUCGAGCCAGCGAGGAGACGAACGAAUCUACAUAUAAAGCAGAGAGCUUUGGUAACCAGGGUACUGAUAGACGUCAACACCAAGGCCGCGUACGGCGUGCAAUAUCUGGAGCGCGGCAGAACGAAAGUAGUCAGAGCAUCUCGUGAAAUCAUUCUGUCUGCUGGGGCGUUCGGUUCACCAAAGAUACUCAUGCACUCUGGAGUUGGAAGGCAGGAAAUUUUAAAGCCGUUGGGGAUUCCCGUUAUCCAGAACUCUAGCGUUGGCUGUAACUACCACGAUCACAUUCUCUACGAGGGCCUCGCGUAUGUCUUCGACUGCAGAAAUUUCGGAAGGGAGAGUCUGCUAAAGGACACGCUCAGGUACUACCGGAACAAAACCGGGCCGUUUUCUAACAUCCUCUGCAAUGGAUUUAUGGGCUUCUUGCAGACGAUAAAUGAGACCUCCAAGGGAAACAGGCCGAGCAUGCAAGUGUAUCACCAGUGCGCAGCACUAGCGAUCCCCGUGGGCGAUACCGUCCCAGUCAUCAUAUCAGCAACGACGAAAAUUAGUCGGCAGGCAGAGUGGAUACAAGUGUUAACGGAAACAGGGUGCAUGGUUGCGCCAGUGCUGUUGCUUCUGCAGCCGCGCAGUAGGGGUUGCGUCGAGCUGCGAAGCGCGAACCCGCACGAUGAUCUGAUCGUCAAGGCCAACUACAUGACGCAACCCGAGGACAUGGAGACCUUACUGGAAGGCCUCCAGCAGGUGGUCGACGUCGGCCUGCGGACCCCCGGCGUGCGAGGUGUUCGCCACGUACCACUGCCACAGUGCUCCCACUACGGCGCCCUCACUAGGGACUACUGGCGCUGCGCCAUGCCUUUCGUGACAUCAUCGGCUAUGCACCCGGUUGGCACUUGUGCCAUGGGCGCCGGAAAUGACGCAGUCGUCGAUCCACAGCUGCGGGUGCGGGGCAUCUCUGCGCUGCGCGUCGUCGACGCCUCGGUCAUGCCAGCUAUCGUCAGCGGCAACACCAACGCACCAACCAUUAUGAUCGGUGAAAAGGCUGCAGAUAUGAUUGCUGAGACAUGGCGCGGACGAAACUGA